GCUGGAAGUUGUUCUGCGGCGGCAGCGGUGGCGGUAGCUGAGGAAGAGGGAGGAAAAAAUGGCAGAUUUUUUGAAAGGAUUACCUGUCUACAACAAAAGCAAUUUUAGUAGAUUUCAUGCUGAUUCUGUGUGCAAAGCCUCGAACAGACGGCCGUCAGUCUAUCUUCCCACCAGAGAAUAUCCAUCAGAACAGAUUAUCGUAACAGAAAAGACAAACAUUCUUUUACGUUAUCUUCAUCAGCAAUGGGACAAAAAGAAUGCUGCAAAAAAAAGAGACCAAGAACAAGUAGAACUAGAAGGUGAGAGUUCCGCGCCCCCCCGAAAAAUUGCCAGGACAGACAGCCAGGACAUGAAUGAAGACACUUAGGACUCUUGCUUUCCCUCAACAACUUGUCUACAGGCGCUUCCUGUCUUGUUUCAUCACAGUGUGUAAGCCCCUUCCCUCCGCACUAUGCAGCCCAAACCACUUCUGACUUCAUAGGAGCCAAUGUAUUUAUUUCCGUAAUUUUUAUUUAUGUUGUAAAAUGUAUGAAGUGAUGGUCAAAAGCAAGUCAUCAGAUGGUGUAGUGUAACAUUGGUAGAUGCUUUUUAAAAAAAUACAUGGUCACUUUUUUUUUCCAGGUUUUACUAGAUCUGUUACUUAAUUAACUCGGAAGUAGCUGGGAAAAGGUGGGAGCCAAACACAGCCUUCUGUGUCUGUUCCCUCUAGGGCUAGGGCUUUACCUAGUCCCAGGGCCUGGGGGUGGGGAGUUGAUGAUAGUUCACCCUGGACCUAGCAGGCCUUACCCACAAGCUUCUUCUGGGACCUCUUGGAGGUCACACUUGAUAAUCCUCCCAAUGGCAGGGCCCUUAGGAGGCCAGUGGGUUUGCCUGCAGCUCCACCCUCAGCCUUGAAAGCUGCUGGGCCCCUCCUGAGGGAGUUGGUCAGUUUCAAAGGCUCACUGUGGGCUGCUUCUCUUAUGCCCUCUGGGCACUUGGCAAAGGCUGCAUGUUUGGAUAGUACUGAGUACCCCAACUGCAAGGCCUCCAUUCUAGGAAGCUGGACUUAACAACUCCUUUUUUUUUUUUUUUUUUUUUUUAAAUUUCCCCCCACAUCAUUUUAAUAAGGACUGGCGUGUUCAACUUCUCCAAUCAAAUAAAAGGAUAUUUCUUAUCCCA